UUUUAGUACUCCGUAGUUCUUAUUUCCGCUUUACUGAGAACAGAGAAUGGACUAGUUGUGAAAUGAUAAUUUUCGUAGUCUACUUUUGAAAAGAAAAUAGAAAGGUGAACCAAAUAAGAGUUGCCAAACGGGGCUCUUAACAACCUAGAUUCUCGGCCCAUCUUAUUCAAAAAAAAAAAAAAAACAACCUAGAAUCUCGGCCCAUCAGCCCAAAAGAGGCCGUAAGCCCUUGAACAUAUACGGAGUAACUCUGUAGUCUUCCUUCGUGCACACCACUCUCUUACCGAUGAAAGUUUACCCUGUUUUCAUCUUUCCACCCUACCACUCCUACCAGGUUGAAUGAAUGUGACGAGGAAAAGAUCCUGUUUUGAAGUUUUGAGGUUGACAAUAGUCUGUGCGGAAAGAGACACUUUUGGAAGAGUCAUCUCUGUGGAACAUUAGUAAUCAGAUUUGGCAACAUCUCAUAGACACAAAUGGAGAGAAAGAAUCCUUAUGUUAUAGGCCAGCGAGUUGGUAACGGUUCGUAUGGUUCCCUUUUUUUGGUGCAUAACAAACACACGAGAUUAAAAGCUGUAAUAAAGAUAAUAUCUUUAGACGAGUUUGAAACAAGUGGUAUGAGUGCCUCUGUUAUGCGGGAGAUUUCCCUCUUGAAGAAGUUAGACCAUCCACACAUUGUUAGGCUGCUUGACGUACAAAUGUUGCGUGAGGAUAAGGUGCACAAAAUUGGCUUGAUCUUUGAGUUUAUGCCUUCUGAUUUGUCAAAAUAUGUGCGUGACAAACUGCUUGAUACACAUGCCAUAAAGAAAAUUUUAUUUCAAGUUAUCUCGGCUUUGGAGUAUUGCCAUUCCCUUGGUAUCGUCCACCGGGACAUCAAACCAGAGAAUGUGCUAGUGGAUUCAAAAGGGAAUGCCAAACUUGCAGACUUUGGGGUGUCCGUAUCAAUGGCUGUUCCUCGUAGGCAAUAUACUCUACAUGCGGGAACUGCGAUUUACAAUGCACCGGAAGCAACGUAUAUGGCUAACAAUUACUCAUGUGUAUGUGACAUGUGGUCGGUUGGAUGUAUGUUCUAUGAAAUGUUGACCGGAAAGAAGUUAUUCAAGCGAUAUAUAAGGCGCCCUCAAUUGUUUGCAAUUUUCGAACGUUUAGGAUAUCCUGAAAAUCCAUCCGACAAUCCCAGACUUCUAGUUGAGAUCCGCAGUAAUAUUCCACGUCCGGAAGAGUACAAGAAACUGCCUGUGUAUGAUCCCCAGAGAGUCGUUGAAAUGGACGGCCCUCCUAUCGAGCGUCUGGCUCUCGAUCUUUUGACGAGAAUGCUAUCCUUCUCUCCAACUGAUAGAAUCACAGCACGUGAGGCUCUAGGACAUGAUUAUUUUUGGGGUCAUCCUUCUGACAACUGAUUUUCCUACUUGGAAUAUACUCUGAUUUUUGGAAGUAUAAGAAAUGUGAGACAAUUAGACUAGUAAGAACUCUGAUCACCCUUUUUCUCAACUCUUUGAUUUCGUAGUUUUUGGGCAUGCUUUGGAAGAGAUGCUAAAUGUUAAGGAAACAUAGCUUUCUUUAGCUUUUAAGCAAGAUAAUUUUUGUUAUGAAUCUUCAACAUUGCAUGUAAAUUGAUACUUAACUAAGUGUACUAUGUGUAUCAACUUCUAAAUAGAACAGCCUUUAAUUUAUUGUCUUAAUACAUUGGUCUGUCAAUCGGCUUUGACUCUAAAUUGUGGAUGUGUAAUUAUGCAUGUUUAUGAGAAACCAUGGGCACAAACAGGCAGUCCAAAAUAUUUU